AUGCCCCUCAGCGCCGAGGAAGCCGCGCUGGUCGAGACCGCCACCGCCACCAUCAACAGCAUCCCCCUCUCGGAAGACUACAGCGUCGCCAGCGCUGCCAAAGCCUCCGACGGACGCGUCUUUACCGGCGUCAACGUCUACCACUUCACCGGCGGUCCGUGUGCAGAGCUGGUGGUGCUCGGUGUUGCUGCUGCUGCGGGGGCAGCGCAGUUGACGCACAUCGUGGCGGUCGCGAACGAGCAGCGCGGGAUCCUGAGUCCGUGUGGACGCUGUCGCCAGGUUCUGCUGGAUCUGCAGCCCAACAUCCAAGUGAUCGUCGGCAAAGAGGGCAGCGAGCAGUCGGUGCCGGUCGCGCAGUUGCUUCCCUUCAGUUAUCGCCAGCCAGACCAGCACACCCCCGUCAUUUUCAAAGCCCUCACUUCCUCCGGUCCCGUCGUUGUCGAUUUCUUCGCCACCUGGUGCGGUCCCUGCAAGGCCGUCGCUCCCGUCGUCGGAAAGCUCAGCGAGACCUACACCGACGUGCGCUUUAUCCAGGUCGAUGUCGACAAGGCUCGCUCAAUAUCUCAAGAACAUGAUAUCAGAGCCAUGCCGACGUUUGUGCUCUACAAGGAUGGCAAGUUAUUGGACAAGCGCGUUGUGGGUGGUAACAUGAAGGAGCUGGAGGAGCAGAUCAAGGCCAUCAUCGCUUAG